GCUCCGAGGCGUCGUCGCCGCUAAUUCAGUCGCGUGAAGCUUGUCGAGAAGAAGACGGUUGAGCUAUGAGAAGUUUUGAAGCCUGCGCGUAAUUACGCACGUCUUCUUUACAGGUUUUGUGCAUAAAAGGAUGCUGGACCCGGAGGACUGUGGAGUGACAAUGACGUCCACUCACAAGAUCUCCUUUUCUAUCAUUGACAUAUUGGAUCCGAACAAAUUCAACAGCAAUAGGGGAAGCGAACUUUGCGUCGCUAAGGAGAAGUUCUCCGUGCCAAACGUGGAAGGAACAACUUUGGAGCCGGACAGCCCUGCACGCGACGACCUGACAGUUGAGCGCACGAGAGCAGAAGAAGAGGCGGACGAAGGCUCUGUGGCCUCCACACGCGCUGACUCCCUCCUGACCUCCCCCUCGGCAGACACAGAGCACUUUUUCUCCGAGGGACAGGACGACGGAGAGUCAGCGGUCCCACCGCAGGAGCCUUCGGCGCACAAGCGGCGGCGCCCGGACCAGGUUUGCGCCAAACCGCGGCGCGCCAGAACGGCGUUCACGUACGAGCAACUGGUGGCUCUGGAGAACAAGUUCCGCGCAACUCGGUACCUGUCCGUGUGCGAGAGACUAAACCUGGCGCUGUCCUUGAGCCUGACCGAAACCCAGGUGAAAAUCUGGUUUCAGAACAGGAGGACCAAGUGGAAAAAACAGAACCCGGGCGCAGACAGCCCGUUGCAGUCGGGCUCCAACCCCCUGGUCAGCCCAAACCCGGCUCCCUGUGCGUCGAGCGCCGCCUCCUUCCACCAAACUUUCCCCACUUUCAGCUCCGGGAAUGUGAUUUUCCACACGACUGGUGCUGUUCCACUUGCAUCCACUGGAGGACUUCUGCAUCCCUUCAUGUCCGCUGGAUUCGUCCAGCCGACGUACUUCAAUCCGCAUAUAUGAGAAACCCAGACUGACGGUGGUACUUACAUCUACAAGGACAAAAUUACAUCCUGAGUUGGACUUUUUCUGCCCAGAACUAACUAACUGUAACUAUUGUACUAUUUACAUUUCAUACUUUAUAAACUGAGAAACCUACACUGAGCACAGUUAUUAAGUUCCAGCUCCACUGAUGCACUGAUUGUUUGCUGAACACACCUGAUCACACUGUGUAUGUGACGGUUCACACUGUGACCUUCUCAGACUUUAUCUUAUUGCAUCCGACCAUCUGCAGCUGUGUUUCUAACUGUCACGUCAAGGUUUUUCCAAACAUCA